AUGCCCAGUUUCCUCACGCAGAGUAUAAGCUGUCACUUCGCCAGCUCAGAGUGCUACUACAUUGACGUCAAGAACACAACCCAAGAGCACGUGGAGAAAGAAAUAGUAGAAAUGGCUCACAAGAAAUACGACGUGACUUCUGUGACACUCAAGAGUAUAAACUGUCGCUUCGCCAGCUCAGAGCGCUACUGCGCUGAUGUCAAGAACACAACCCGAGAGCACCUGCGGAAAGAAGGGAUUGAAUUUGGACAUGCAGAACAUACAGCGACUUCUGCUUCAGACCUUGUGGCAAUCUUAAGUCAUGACCUUGGCUUGUAA